AGGAUAAUGAUACAAAACAUCAACGACUGGUUGAGUAUUAUUAUGAAACAGGAAUUGCUAAAGCGAGGAGUGUUGCUCGAUAUAUUAUUGAUCAUUAUUUUUACGAUGGUGCACCAAAAAGGAAGUUGUUGAUCUUUGCUCAUCAUCAGGUCGUCUUGGAUAUGAUAUCAAUGGAUGUGGCCAAAAAGGGAUUGCGAUCGAUACGAAUCGAUGGUACUACGGUUAGCCGGUCACGUGAUGAACAAUGUCGAUUGUUUCAAGAAAAUGAUGAUGUUAUGGUUGCAGUCUUAUCAAUAACUGCUGCCGGUAUCGGUGUUAAUUUAACUGCUGCGUCGAUUGUUGUAUUUGCUGAAUUACACUGGAACCCAGGUACUUUAAAGCAAGCCGAAGAUCGUGCUCAUAGACUGGGCCAAAAAGAUUCAGUUUUCGUCCAAUAUUUAAUUGCUAAAGGUACAGCAGAUGAUGUAUUAUGGCCGUUAAUUCAAAAGAAACUUGAUGUUUUGCAUUCGUGCCAGUUAUCAUCCGAUACCUAUCGGGGUACUAACAGCGUUCAAACAACGAUGGGCCCUGAAAGUGGUGGCUUGGAUGAUCAUUUUCCAAGGAUUAAACGAAUCAGGUCUACUGUAGAAUGAUUUUUUUUUUUCUCUCCACUUUGUUCUAUUUGUUUUAUAUGUUUUUAAAUAAUGUGAUAGCAUUCACCAAUAACAAAAAUGUUAAAUGGAUUAUUUGUUUGAUCUCUUCCAACCGA